UCAAGCACAAAUUUUUACCUCCUAAGUACACAACUCCCGCACAUAAACAUGUCGAACGAAAAUGCCAACCCUUCCAAAGGAAAAAUGAAAUAUUUUGCUCCACAAGCUAAUGCAAAAUGUUCUUCCUGCCAAGAAAAUGCCAGAAAACUAGACACGAUUAUUGAUAUUUUGGCGGAGCAUAAAGUUUUACUGGAUCGUGUUAUUUCUCAGAACGCAUUUGUGGACAAUAUUAUGACAAUUUUUCCAAUUGAAUCGGAAGAAAAACUUCGAGAAUUUGAUCGAAUUCUCGCAACACAAGCAGAUCUAUAUACUCGACAAAUGAAAAAUCUCAUUGCAGGUAACGCUGAACGUAAUUUGCAUAAAGUAUUUGGAAGAAAUAUUAUUAUGGAUUUUAAUGUUGACGGAACUUUCGGGAAAAAAGGUCUACGAGAUUUUGGUAAUGUACUUGCCGCCAUAAUAGAAGUUAUAUCAACAUUUAAUAAAUUACCUGACAAGACUUUACGAGCAGCGUUCCAACGCCAAAAGAAAAAGUAUUUUAAGAUCAACAAACGAAGCAGGCGCACCGAAGAAAAGGAACAAGAUGAAAAUGAUGAAGAACCACAAAUUUAACUGAAUGUUUUUAUGUUAUACUAUAUAAUUUUAAAAUCCUAGUUCUAACACUAUUCAGUUUUAUUAAAAUAAGACAAGGUUUGGCCAGCCUUGAAAAAAGUGAGCUAUAUAUGUAAUCCAUUUCUUAAUUUAUUACCUUGCCUAAAAUUCGCAGACUGUUUUAGAUUAAUUAAAUAUAUUGUGUGUAGAUUGAACUGUGCUUUACUUUUGUUUUUGUUACUUAAUAACUGCGUUAAAAAUGUAACGUUGUUAAAUACUUAUUCUAUUACAAGCAUUUUCCUAAAAAUCUCAAAUGACUAUUUGGUUCGAAUGCCUCCAUAUGAUCUCGAAAGGACUAAUGGUCUUCUAGUGUUUAUUUGGUUCAAAUGUCUACAUAUAGCUCAGGAUACCCAAUAAAAUGCAGUGAUUAUUUGGUUCAAACGUCACCAUAUAAACUUAAAAGAUCUAAUCUUUUUCUAGUGAUUAUUUGGUUCAAAUGUCUACAUAUAGCUCAGGAAACCCAAUAUAAUGUAGUGAUUAUUUGGUAUACACGUCAUCACAUAAUCUCAAAAGAUAUAAUCUUUUUCUAGUGACUAUUUGGUUCAAAUGUCACCAUAUAGUCCCAAAAGAACUACUUAGUCAAUAUAGUCAAGGUCUACUGGUACUUCUCCUAUGACAAGCCUAUGUUAAAUGUCCAUAGGAAAUUACAUUGGUUGUGGUAUACUUUUUCACUAGUACUAGCGACAAUGUCACCAGUAAAACACUACAAUUUUACUAAAGCUGCUCGCUGCAGGGAAAAU